AUGGUUUUGAGUAAUUCUUGAACGAGUUUAAAGGGCAUUUAAGUGGGUUUCAGGUCAGAGAUAAAGAAAGUGAGCUUACUAUACAAUAUGAAGAAAAGGUAAAAACUGCCUGUGCAAAGUGCAUCAUUUAAAUUAUGAAUUCAAAAGAUAUUAUAUUUAGAAUUAGUGGGGACGUGAUAAAUUUUCUGCGGCUGGUCUUUUAAUUUGAGUUUAAAUUUCAUAUUUAAAUUUAAACUUUUGAUUAAAAAUUCAAACAUUUAAAUACUAACUAAAUUCAAAGUCGAGUUCACAUACUUCCAAAUUCGAUUCUAAUAUUUUCCAUCAUUUUCAUUUCAAUCUCUUUUUAUAGAUACUCAAACACGAAGAUUCUAGAAUAACAAUUUAUGUACCAAUAGUGAUACCAGUUAUCGUUCGAAGGCCAUUUAAAACGCUCCCCCAGGAACUCUUUAAUUGAUCAAAACGAAGUCAACUGAAACCACUUCUAUUAACUCGGUGAAUCAAUUAAAAGUUGCAUUAGAGAACUUAAAUAAAGGACAAACUCAAACGUACAUCUAGUAAUUCAAGUGAGGCAGGUUUUUAUAUUCUCAAGACUUCCGUUGCCGUUAUUUGCUUAUCGGUUUGUACUUCCUUGAUAACUUCCGCCUUCCUCCGUACCUCAUGCUGAAAUCUAGAAUUUAUUCCGCAGUUUUUGCAAUUCAACCAUUCUCCUCUACGUAUAAAGUUUAUGGCAUUAUCAUUCUGGCCACAGUAAAAUCACAGUCUUGUCU